UGAGCAAGAGAGAGGGAGAGCGAGCGAGACUGUGCUCACUGACUCAGUCAUACUGAACUGCAGGGGCAGAGGAGCGGAGGCGACGCGCCGUGUCCGGCUGCAGCGAUCUCUACUCGCAGGGAAAAAUACGGAUUUAAAGUUGACGGAUUGUGUAUUCGACUCCUGAAUUUGACUUGGGACAAGUUCGGCUCCCCCGUGGGAUAGUUUUGCUGCAACUUGCGCGCUUUUGCUUGUGUUACACUUGAGUUUUCUGUACGCGUCUGUCUGUGGAUAUGGACAGGAGAGAGCCCGCUGCAGGGGAAGAAGACGCGCCGGUGGAAACCUUCGUCUGAGCGGGGAUUUGAUGAAGCCCUAUCGGCCUUCUUGUGCUUGUUUUCACAGACUUGGAUUUCGAGACGCGGAACCAGGACCUUUGAGUCGUAUUUCUUGCCAGAAGCUCGGUUUCAACGACAACGCGGUGCGCGAAACAUGGAAACAGUAGCGCGACAGAGUUUCCAGCCUCACCCGGGACUGCAACAAACUCUCAAACAGUUUCACCUGAGCUCCAUGAGCUCUCUCGGCGGACCGGCCGCAUUCUCGGCCAGAUGGCAACACGACCUGCUCUUCAAAAAGGACUGCAAAGACGUCCCGGAGCCCGUGCUGCACCUCCCCCCCAUGCAGCCUCCUCCGGUGAUGCCCGGGCCGCUCUUCAUCCCGUCUGACCGCUCCACCGAGAGGUGCGAGACGGUCCUGGAGGGCGAGACGAUCUCGUGCUUCGUGGUGGGCGGCGAAAAGCGCCUGUGCCUGCCGCAGAUCCUCAACACGGUGCUGCGGGAUUUCUCGCUCCAGCAGAUCAACUCGGUGUGCGACGACCUGCACAUCUACUGCUCGCGCUGCACCGCCGACCAGCUGGAGAUCCUGAAGGUGAUGGGCAUCCUGCCGUUCUCCGCGCCGUCCUGCGGACUCAUCACCAAGACGGACGCGGAGCGCCUGUGCAACGCGCUCAUCUACGGGGGGACGUACCCGCCGCACUCCAAGAAGGAGCUGUACGGCUCCAUCGAGCUGGAGCUCACCGAGAAGAGCUUUAAGAUCUAUCACGAGUGCUUCGGGAAGUGUAAGGGUCUGCUGGUCCCGGAGCUCUACACGAGUCCCAACGCGCCCUGCAUCCAGUGCAUGGACUGCAGGCUCAUGUACCCGACCCAGAAAUUCGUGGUGCACAGUCACAAAUCGCUGGAGAACAGGACUUGCCAUUGGGGCUUUGACUCGGCCAACUGGAGGGCGUAUGUCCUCCUGAGCCCGGAUUACACGGGGAAAGAGGAGAAAGCACGUCUGGAGCAGCUCCUGGAUGACAUUAAGGAGAAAUUUGACUUCGCCAAUAAAUACAAGCGGAAAGCAUCACGGGCGUCUGAUCCCAUUCCUGCCAAGAAGUCCAAACACGAUGACUUUCCAGCACAGUUGCCCUCAAGAGACAAAGACAAGCAACCCGAUUGGCUACGAUCCCUCUCUGCAUCAGCCAAUAAGGGGCUCAACUGCAUCCAGCCCAGACAGAGACCGUCUGCCUUCAGGCCAUGGUCUCCAAACAUCUCUGUUGGUGAUAAGGAGGGAGGCGGCAGGCCUGCUAGCAUGUUACGUGACAGCUUCUACAACUACAAGAGCCUGGAGAGCGCCGUGGCCCCCAAUGUAGCUCUGACACCCCUCCAGAAAGGAGGGCAGGCCUCUCCUACCGCCCCGAGCAGUUCACACCCGCAUGGGGCGGAAAGUGAAGGUGCCAGCCGCGGGAGGAAGAGGAGGCUGACGGGUGAGACCCACCCCAGCCCACAGCCCUGCCCCUCGGCUACUGCCAGCAAGCCCCUGCCGCCCUCUCAGGAGGAGCGAGACUCGGACGUGGAGGUGGAGGUGGAAGUGGAGAGCCGUGAGGAAUUCACCUCAUCGCUUUCCUCACUCUCCUCCCCAUCUUUUACAUCCUCGAGCUCUGCUAAGGACUUGAACUCUCCCUCCGGCCCCGGAGCCACCUUACCAGCAGUUCUGAUGCCAGCCAGCGGGCCCCCUGAGAGUCCCCUGGUGUCCGGAGGGGAGGGACAUGCCAUGACGAACCUGGAGUCGGAGCUGGAGACGCUGAGGCAGGCACUUGACAAUGGCCUGGACUCAAAAGAGUCGAAGGAAAAGUUUCUACAUGAGAUAGUGAAGAUGAGGGUAAAACAGGAAGAGAAGCUGGGAUCCGCCUUACAGGCCAAACGGAGCCUCCAGCAGGUACACAUUGAAGACCUGCAAGUAAAGUUGCAACAUGCCGAGGCAGACCGAGAGCAGCUGAGAGCCGAUCUGAUGCAAGAGCGGGAGGCAAGGGAGCACCUGGAGAGAGUGGUCAAGGAGCUACAGGAACAGCUGUGGCCCAAAAGCCCCAGCAAGAACGGCACAGACGCACCACCCCCACCCGCCAAAGACUCCAACUAA